AUGAAAGGCGAGAAGGACUGUGAAGCGCAAAUAGCGAUCGCACGUUCGUACAUCAACUCUGCUUGUGAUAAAAUCUGGAUCGAAGGUAAAGAAGCGCUCAAUAGCUACGGAGAAGGAUGGAAAGCUUACGAUACGCUUGCUUUCGACUAUGAAAAGAAUACAACGUCUUUAAUGGACACAAAAUCGGCACGCAUAUUAGGUGGGCAAUACAAGAUUACUGAAACAUUUGCUUUACGUCUCGGUAUAGCUUACGGAAUUACACCCGUGCAGGACGGCUAUAUGACGCCGGAGACGCCGGAUGCCAAUAGAAUUAAUUAUACGAUUGGUUUA